AUGCUUAGCCAAGGCUCCGUCCCUCCAGACAAGUUCACCUUCCCCUUCCUUCUCAAGGCAUGCACACGCCUUCAAGCGCUCCACGAAGGAGAACAAAUGCACUCCCACAUCCUCAAAUCCGGCCUUGCCUCCGACCCUGUCGUGAGGAAUGUGCUUAUCAAUGUUUAUGCGCAAAUUGGGAUGUUGGAAUCCGCGCGCCGGGUGUUCGAUAGAAAUCCUCAACGGGACUCCGUUUCCUGGAAUUCUUUAAUUGGUGGAUAUUUGAAGCAUGGACACCUUGAGGAAGCAGGUCGCCUCUUCUCGCAGAUGCCUCACCAGAAGACUCUUUUCUCUUGGAACAUAAUGAUCUCGGGGUAUGCCAAGUCCGGACGGCCUGAACUUGCCAAGUCCCUUCUCCAUCAACUUGCUUCCGAAUUCAGCAACAUCAACUCGCUCAUUUCCCUCACUUGCCUCAUCUCCCUCUACGUGGAGGUCGGGGAGGUGGAGGCUGCACGUCGGGUGUUUGAUAGUAUGGACGAAAAUGAUAUUGUGUGCUGGAGUUGCAUGAUUUCUGGAUACGUGCGCAGCGGCCACUACAUGGAGGCAUUAUGGCUCUUCAAAGAGAUGCAGCAGGUUGAGGAAAACAUAAAGCCGGACAAGGUGUUGCUGGUUAGCAUUGUCUCAGAAUAG